UAACAAUAGUGUUGAGCACUGUGUGACAUAGUAGUGUUGGUCGCUAUUUGGUCCUUGUAAACGUUUGGCCUCAUUAAUUAAGAUAUUUCGAGGUGCUUUUCUCUAUGGUCUGAAAUUAUCUAUAGAAUUUUUAAAUGAUAACGGUAUUCGGAUUAUAUGAAAAGUUUUGUUUGCAUUCGAGUCAGUCUAUUUCGGUGAAAUAUGUACUUCCAAGUUUGUGCAUAUCGUAUUAAGUGCUGGCGGAUUCGAUAAAUUAAGAGUGCGAUUUUACGCUCGUGUCUUUCAACACGUUUCUUCUUCGAUAACUCGAUGUUCGCGGUUUAACGACGUGAAUUUUCAAAAUGAAUCGUAAUCUUAAUAAUGUACCCGAUGAAUCAGAAUUUACCGGGAGAUUAUUACCACUACAAAGUAGUCAAUUAUUUAAAAGACGAACAGAAAGUUACUAUAGUAGAUUAUUUUUUAAUAGAAGAAGUAUAACGAUGCCUUUGAACAAUAUGUUCUGUUCCCGGUGUGGAGACGGAUUUGAGGCGCACGAGAAGAUAGUCAAUUCUAAUGGGGAGCUGUGGCAUCCUCAGUGUUUCGUGUGUGCUCAGUGUUUCCGACCAUUUCCCGAUGGAAUAUUUUACGAAUUUGAGGGACGAAAGUAUUGCGAGCAUGAUUUUCAAGUUUUAUUUGCACCGUGUUGCGGAAAAUGCAAUGAAUUUAUAAUUGGUCGAGUUAUCAAAGCCAUGAAUGCCAACUGGCAUCCGAGAUGUUUCCGCUGCGAAUUAUGCUACAAAGAAUUGGCUGAUUUGGGAUUCGUGAAAAAUCAAGGUAGAGCUCUGUGUCACGAGUGUAAUGCUAAAGAAAAAGCCGUCGGAUUAGGCAAAUACGUUUGCCACAAAUGCCAUGGAGUUAUAGACGACAAACCAUUACGUUUCCGUGGUGAAGUGUUCCAUCCGUAUCAUUUCAACUGUACCGCAUGUGGCAUUGAAUUAAAUUCCGAUGCUAGAGAAGUAAAAAGCAGACCAGGCUAUUCAGCCAAUGAUUUGAACGAAUUAUACUGUUUACGAUGCCACGACAAAAUGGGCAUUCCUAUUUGCGGUGCUUGUCGACGUCCGAUUGAAGAACGAGUAGUCACAGCGUUGGGUAAACAUUGGCACGUUGAGCACUUUGUUUGCGCUAAAUGCGAGAAACCAUUUUUGGGUAAUCGUCACUACGAAAAGAAAGGUUUGGCUUAUUGCGAAACCCACUAUCACCAGUUAUUCGGAAAUUUGUGUUUCGUUUGCAAUCAAGUUAUUGCCGGUGAUGUGUUCACAGCUUUAAAUAAGGCAUGGUGUGUUCAUCAUUUUGCGUGUUCGAUAUGCGAUCAAAAAAUGACUCAGAAAACCAAAUUCUAUGAAAUUGAUCUGAAGCCGGCUUGUAAAAAAUGUUACGACAAGUUCCCAACUGAAUUCAGACGACGAUUGAGAAAAGCUUACGAGUACACUCCAAAAAAAGCUGUUUGAAGUAAUUCCAUCGAGCACCCUUAAAGACAAUUAACUAAAAAAUCGAGCUUAUUAAAAAACCCGGGAUUAAUUUGUCCCAAUUAGCCAUUUAAUUCAUGUAUUAUUUUGAUUAAUUUACUUCUAAUGUUUUUAUUUAUAUGUUGUGUUGUAGUUUCAUUUUCUAAUUGUUCUAUUUCAUUUUUUUUAACGACUUAUUUACCAUUUUUUAAAUGCAUUUGUAACUUCGGUGUUGAUCAUUCUUUAGCGCAGAAAAACGUAAUUUAUUCAUUUA